AUGUCUCUUUACAGUAAGGGCACGAGAAUACUUACACGGGCGUGUGUAUCAAGACCCAACUAUAUGUUGGUGCAUUCCAUUCUUGAAAAUCUGAUAAGGCUAAAAUCAAAAUCCCCCAUGUACUCCACUGCUUCAUUUAUUCAAUCGGAUUCUAAGAGAUUCUAUAGCUUGCCUUCCAAUAAAUUUGCAGAUUUUGAGAAACAACGCAUAGAUUAUUUCUUACAGCUACAAGACACUUUUAAAAACCAGUCAAUGUCUCCCAAAAUAAAAUCAGAGAGGUUAAAAUUGAUUAUGUUACAGUUGAUUCCAAUUUUACCAAAUGGCGAAUUUUCAAAUAAGCAGCUACCAUUUAUUAAUUCGGUCAUUAACUUGAUCGACAAUAAAGCCUCCCCUAAUGAUAGUUUUACGCCAGAUGAAAUGAUCUUACUACUGAAAAGUGUACUUGGAGGUAUGUCCUUGAAAGAUGUGCGCUUCAUCGAUUUCUUUCCUAGAUUUUAUAACGCGUUGAGAGAAUCCCAGGAAUACGCAAGUGAUCAAGCACUUAGGCUAGAGUUGUUCGAGAUCUUUAUCAAUUAUGUGUUGCUAAGUACAAAAAGAAACACCGUUAGUAAGGUGAUUGACGCAUUCAUUGAUGAAGAGCAAAACAUCCAUAAUAAUGAGGCUAACCAACAAGUUGUUGAAAUUGUCUUACAUGCAUUUGAAUCGGUAAGGCCAGAUACGGAGACAGUUUUGCUAUUGGCAAAUCUUUGCCCAGAUUUGAGCUUGAUUAAAAAAGAACUGUCUGAUUGCACAAUGUUAGAGUUGAUUCUAUCGAAUUUUUUUAAAGCUUCCGAUGAAGAAAUCAGUGAGACGUUUGAAGAUAAUUUUGUCAGUGAAAGGCUAAUCAAACUAAUAGACAUUAUUGAGGGUAAAGUUGAUGACCCCAUCUUAUCAUACGUCGAAAUUCUUUACUUUGCAACUAAGAAUCAUUUCAACGAUGUAUCUGUUUCAAUUUUAGACAAGCUUGAAAGAAAGACAUCAUUCUUCAAGGAGUCGGAUCAAUUCCAAACAUUGUAUGAAGCAGAUACCUUGUUUGCACUAGUUUCGGCAUCUUUGAAAUUUAACAAGGUCAUCAAUGCAACCAAUCUGUUGGCCCAUCUAAGGGAUAAUAAAAAAGAGACAGAGUUCGUAGAAGAAGAAUGGAUGGCAUUGUUACAAUAUGAUGCAUUUCAGCUGCACGAAUACAAACCCGCCAUUGAACUAAUUAAUGACUAUAAUUCAAAAUUAGAGUCUUUAAAUAAAGAAUACUUCUUUCAAGAUGUUGAUUCUCUUAAUUUGGUGUUGGAGUCAUUAUGUUGGUCAAAAAAGGAUUUUCCUUAUAUUGACAAAUUCAGAGAAGAUUUUCAGGAGAUGUAUCAGGUCCCAGUGGAUGCUAAGAGUGUUUCGACAGUUUUGAAUUACCUAUGCGAAGAUGAAUCCAAUAAUGAAAGUAUCAAACUGGCGUCCUCAUAUUUUCUUAAAUUUAAAGAUCUAGUUGAUUGGGAGAAUGAUUACGAAGGGUUUUACAUGUUGUCAUUGUUUCAAUUGACUGCUAAUAUUUGGAAAAAUGAAAGUCUUUCUUGGAAUGAAAAAAUGGAGGUUUACAAGAAUGUCCAAAGGUACGAAUAUUUGUUCAAUAAAGAAUGUAUCUACGAAAUGAUGAAGUCUGCUAUUAAAUAUAAUGCUGGGACGUUUGCAAUCAAAGUGUUGCUUGAUCAAACACCCGAGUUAAAGAAAAAUGAUCCAAGACUAAAGGUCCCAAAUUAUCAAAAAAUUUUUGAUUGCAUAUAUGACUAUUUGACUAAAUCUCCAGAUAAAGAAUUGAAUAAAAGAGUCUAUAAAUAUUUAGCCGAGUAUUUUUCGAUACCGUAUGAGUAUUAUCCGGGAUUUAUCAAGAUGUUCAUCGAUUGCGGGGACCCUGAGAUGUCAUUGAAAGUUUUUGCAGAUAUGAAACGAUUGAGCAAGGAAUCUAAGUUACCUCCACCCAAUGAAGAGUUUUAUAUCUAUUUAUUGAAAAGUUUUGCGAAAUUUCAGUAUGAAGAAGGCAUAUUUAAAUUACACUUGAGCAUAAAGAUGGAUUUAUCGAUAAAUCUAGAUAUCAAAUUGCUGAAUUCAUUAAUGGAAUCAUAUGCGGCUCUUGAAGACCCUUUCAAGACGCGUGAUGUCUUUAAUUUGGCAUUUUCGUUACCCAAGGAGAAUGGUACAAAUAACGAAAGUGCUUACUGGAUGUUGAAAUCUUUGAAAUAUGCUACACUGGGACACGCCAACGAUUUUUAUAACGGUCUAUCACAAUAUGAUAUGAUACCUGAUCCUUAUUUAUUUGGUGAAUUGUUAAUAGCAAAUUGUUAUUUUGAACAAUAUCGUACGGCGUUUGAAACAUUACAAUUAGCUGAGCAAAAUGGAGACUACCAUUUAAUCAAUACAUAUGUAUUAAAAACGUUACAUAACCACUGCUUACAUGAUGGUGUUCGUGAUGAAUUGAAAGCCUAUUACCAAGAAAAAUUCCCUAAGGAGUGGGAUGAACUGACGAAAACAGGUCAAUUACAAGACAACCGAGAAAAAUAUCCUAACUUGUUGGAGAAUCCCUAUGAAAGGCCUUAUAUCGAAACUAAACAAAUAUCCGAUAGUUAG